CUCAUUGUGAAAAAGUGAGGUUAUCCUAACCUCAACUAAUCUUUCAAAAACUUAAAAUGGCUAAUAAAUUUUUCAUAAAACCUGAUUUUAUACGAACAGUUUCGCAAAACGGUGUUGGUAGGUAUGUGUGUCAACUGCAAAGAGUUGUACUGAAGUUUUGUAAAAGUCAUGGAUCAAGUCGAGGAAUGAGAGACUUUAUCGAAUCAGAAUUGGUUCACUUUGCUAAAGAAAAUCCCGGCGUUGUUGUAUAUUUAAAACCACGUCGACAUAGAACACCUAUUCUUAAAGCUGAAUACUUGAAUGGAGACACACAAUGGGUCAAUUGUAGAAAUUUCUCAAAUGAAGAAAUAUUAAAGUGGAUAACAUUGUUAAAGACCCAACAAAGCAACACAACUGGAAUAAGGUACAGAAAGCUUUGGCAUACUGAUGUUCCAUCAAUUCAAGGGCCUUGGACACCCUACACAUUUAGAGAUACACAAUUAAAUUUAGCUAAGUUCCCUAAUAAAGAACUAUCAGAACCAUUAGGCUUGGAAAAGACCACAACAGAAAAAUUAGAAGAGAUGUUUAAAAAUAAGUUAAAUGUUGAUUAACUGUUGUUUAAAUAUAGGUUUUAGUAGUUGAAGCUCUUUUAUUUAAAAUUGUUAUUAAUUUUGAAAGAAAAGUAAAUAAAACAUUUUGAUGUUA